CACCUUUAUGGUAAAAUGUUUAACACGAUAAGACACAUUUUGAUGAGGACAAUUUUAAUGUAUAUGCAUGCAUUUUUAAUUAUGUGUAUCAACAUAGAAGAAAGUGUUGAAAUAUGAUAACAGUGUCAAUUUUGCUGGCCAUUACAGUUCAUUUACAAAUAGUUUCAGGAGUUUUAAAUGAUAUAGUACCAAUCAGGGCUCAUAGAGGAGAAAAGGUGGUUUUGAAAUGUUCCAGUUCCGGAACUGAAAAGACUUGGUUCGGACCAGAUCUCAACGAUUCUGCUCAUGAAAGAACAUUGAUGUAUUUUUCGAAUCAUCUUAAAAACCCGAAACUGAAUCUAUCCAAUUACUUCGUUCAGGCAAAUGAAGGAAACUAUGACUUAACUAUUUUCAAUUUCCAAAAGGGAGGUAUAGGUCUUUAUCGAUGCAAAUUUCUAAAUAACAGAACGUUUGACGAAACUAAGUAUAAUGUUUCCUUAUUAGACGACGUCGUUGAAACAUCCAAGGACUAUGAAGACAGAAAGAAUUUAGAAAACACACCAGGCAUUCAAGUAAAUGUCAAGGAAACCAGUUCUCAGUUAAGUCCUAGACUUUCAAAACCUGAUUCGACAUUAACGAUAAUAUUUAUCGUUGUAUUUCUGCUCGUGAUAUCCCUGAAAAUUCUCGGAGUUACUGCUCAAAGAAAGUGGGGAUAUUUAGGAAAAAGAAUGAAUUCCGUCGUUGUGUCAUUCAGAAAGGAUGCAGAAAGGAUUACGUUAGCUGACGAUAUUACAGAACAGCCUGGUCUUAUUGAUGAGUCAGUGGAGCCUACAGAUGGGUUGAAUUAUGUGGAGGUUUUGACAGAGCCACUAGCAUCAAGACAAACUAGAAUUCGAGGAAUAGAAAACAAAAUAAUGUAUUCAGAAAUUGAUCAUUCAUUAAAGGCAUAAGAUGAAUAAUCAGACAUUAAUAAAUGA